AUGUUGACCAGACUGUUCAGCGACUCGACUCUCAUCCCCGAGGUUCAGAAAUACGCGAGCUGGGCGGAUGACAGUGAGAGCGACGAGGACAAGAUCAGAGAGGAGAGGAACAGCGAGAGCUGUGACCCUCAGGAUAGUCAGACUGAGGACUCGCUGAGCGUGGCCCCGGACAACGAGGAAGUGGAAACAGGGAUGGAGGAGGAGGACGAUGAGGAAGAGGAAGAGGUUGAUGAGGAAAACGGGACCAGACCCAGGAAACGUGGCCCCAAACGGAGGAAAAUGACAAAGGCCAGGUUGGAGCGUUUCAAGCUGAGGCGGCAGAAAGCCAACACCCGGGAGAGGAACCGAAUGCAUGAUUUGAAUUCGGCGCUGGACAAUCUCCGGAAAGUUGUCCCCUGCUACUCGAAGACACAGAAACUUUCCAAAAUAGAAACGCUGCGGCUGGCGAAAAACUACAUCUGGGCUCUGUCCGAGAUCCUGAGGUCCGGCAAGAGGCCGGACUUGGUGUCCUAUGUGCAGACUUUGUGCAAAGGUUUGUCCCAGCCCACCACCAACCUGGUGGCUGGCUGCCUGCAGCUCAACUCGCGGAGUUUCCUGGCGGAGCAGAGACAGGAGGCCGGGCGCCUGCAGCCGCCCAAUUCCUCCUUCGCCAUGCACCCUUACCCGUACCAGUGCGCCCGCCUGCCAAGCCCACAGUGCCAGGCUGGGUCAGUCACCGGCAGCCACCCACUCCGCUCUCACCCCUACUGCACCAACUACGAGCACCUGUACGGCAACGCCUCCCCGGAAUACGCCAGCUCGGAGCUCGAAGGGCCCCUGAGCCCCUCACUUUGCACUAAUGGCACGUACCCCAUGAAGGCAGAAUCGUCCCCAGACCACGACAAGAACUAUCAUUACACCAUGCACUAUUCAGCCUUGCCCAGCUCCCGCGGACCGGGGCACGGGUUGCUUUUCAGCUCCCCUGGACUCCGGACCGGACUCCACUCUGAAAACCUCAUGUCCUAUGACACGCACAUGCACCACGACAGGACUCCCGUUUACGAAGAGCUGAACGCUUUUUUCCACAAUUAA